AGUUGUUUGUUUACAUCGCCAAUCGUAGUGUUGUUUGCUCAAAAUUUGUUUCAAGCUGCUUUUAAUUCAAUAAACAUGCCGGCCAAGGGCACCAAGAUCCGGCAGUACAGCCGGCGCGACCUCAAGCUAGCGCUGGAAGCCCUGGACCGGCGGGAGCUCACGCUGAACAAGGCGGCCCGCCGCUACAACGUUCCCCGCUCGACGUUGGCCAAGUUUCACGAGGAUCGGGACCGCAACGUCCGGAUCGGGCCGACGCCGACGUUCACCGCCCAGGAGGAGCGCCAAAUGGUCGAGUGGGUCGAAGAUCUGCGCCACGCGGGCAUGGCCGUGAAGCGGUCCGACCUGCUGGAGGCCGCCCAGUGGAUCCUGGAGACGUACCCGCGGCAGACCAAAAAAAUCAAGGACAACAGUCCGAGUGCCAGUUGGGUUCGGGCGUUCGAGCGGCGUCAUCCCAGCGUAACGGCCUGCCUGCAAGUGGAACCGUUUGGUGAGGACAAACCAGCUGCGGUUCCGGAACGUGAGUGUUUCGAGGAAGUCUACCAACACCUGCAAGCUUUGGACGUGUUCAGCGAACCUGGGAGACUGUUCAAGUGCAACGAAAUCGGGUUUGGCUUUUCGUUCAACAUUGCGCAGUCUUUCGAAAAGCCGGUUAACGGAACGAAGAGGGCGGACCUUAUUACGGCAGCUUUCAUUACGUCGGCAGCUGGUCGGCUAGCGUUUCCGAUGAUCGUCUAUCCGUACCGGGAGACGAUUCCCCUGGAGUUGGCCGCUACGGUUCCGCUGUUCUACGGAUGUGGCAACAGCGCCACCGGAAUGAUGACCAAGGACACCUUCUACAACUAUGUGACGAAGACGUUCUUCAAGUUUCUCAUGCUAAACCGAGUCAAACUUCCCGUGAUCUUGUUUGUAGACGGAACUAGGCCAAACGUCUCGUUAGAUCUGUGGAAGGCUUGCCGAAAGCUCGGGAUAAUUUUGAUGGCCUUCAAUCCGGACGAAAGCCGCAACUGUAAGAAGCACAUUGCUUACGCGACUCCACUUACCAGGGUGGUCAAAGGUCAGCUGGAUGAUGCAUUACUUCGGUGGAAAGAUGCCAACAGCGAUAGAUUUAUCAGCGAGAUGAACUUCACCGAGUUGCUUUAUCCAGCCGUUCAAGGCAGCGUCACCGAGGAACUCAUCCUGCGAGAUUGGCAGGCCUUUUCGUUCUACCAAUGGAUUCUGAAACGAAGAACUCGCGUGGAGGAGAUCGAAUUUGUCAGUGCCGAUCUCGAGACGGAGCAGCAACAGGAAGAAGAGUGUGUCCAGCCGGACUUGGAAGUCGAACCCUCGGUGGAAGAGGCGAAAGAACCCUUGGCCACAUUGGCCGAAACUUGACGCGCUGUUUUCAUCGCAUCCGA